GAAAACUAACGCGUGCGCUAGUGUUUUCGUCGUCCGACUCCGACGGUUGCUUCCUGUAGGCUGCGGCCGCUCGCCUGCUCGACGCCGCGUCGAUCGGACAGUUCCGAGUUCCGACGCCCAAAACCCUCGCAACUUCAUCUCUCCCAGGUGAACUCGUGCUUCCUCCUCCUCCUCCUCCUCCUCCACAAAUCCCUCCGCCGCGAGUUUUUCUCGGACAUGCUUCAGCUUGUGGAUCCCCUUAGCCACCGGAGGCGGCGGUGGCAGCGGCCUCUUUUCGCCGCUGGCUUCAUAUUCUGGCAUUCUGCUAUUGUUGGAAGCAGUGCUGCAAUCUACAGUUGAUUUCAUUCCUUUAAUUCUGCCUUCGCAACAGCGUGGAACAAACAACCAUAUAAUAUUUCUGUUCCAGAGGAAAGGAUGUCGGGCCAAAGUAAUUCCCCCGACAUGAUUUUUCAGGUUUAUACGCCAAGAAAAAGAAAAUUUUUGAACUCUGUUCACUACAGUGAAUCUAAUAGGGCCGUUUCUCAUGGAUCUGGGUUAGUCACUAGUGCUAAAGAUAGUCAUCAAGGUGAAGAAUCAUUUCUAAAUGGUCCAGCUGGGUUGAGCUCUAUUUUGAGUAACUCACAGGGUUUUGCUCCUCAAGAUAUUCUGUCAGGAACCACAGAACUGAGUGGCAUUAGAUGUACAACUAGUUCAUGCAAACCAAAUGAAACCAUACUGCACACCAUUUCAACAAAUAAUGGCACAUCAAACUGUCAGGAUACUACUCAAUCGUUCUCUCUAUUGAUGGAGUGUACAAAUCAUACAACACCAAGCAAACCUAUGCAUCCACAUAUUACUUUUCAACUAAUGCACACUAAAAUAGAGUCUAGUAAUAGUUGUGCUAAGUAUGCAGAUUCAACAGAUCAGAGCCAGACAGCUGUGGCUCAUAAGUUACUUUUCAGCUGUGAAAAGGGUGAUCAGAGUAUUGUAGCUAUGGUUCACCCUUCUCAGAGUUCCCUUGAAAAAAUUCAACAGAAGCAAGGGAUAUCAAGCUAUGAAGCUAAACAUGAUGUACAAGGUUCUACAAAAGCAGAUGAUAGUUCUAGUAUAUUGUCUCCUCAUUCUUUGGAUGAUGAAAUCAUGUCAGUUGUUGGCCUGCUAUCUCCUUCUGCUUAUGAAAGCCUAUGUGAUGGUACAAUCCAGUUGAGUAGCACUGUCAAGGUGUCUGUGAUCGCCUUCUUCAAAAGCGGAGAAAAAAAUCACGACAUUACUUGGCCGAAAAUCAUAGAAAUCAAAGGGAGAGUGAAAUUAGAUGUGUUUGAAAAGUUUGUCCAGGAACUCCGUCGAUGUCAAACCCGAUCUUUGAUGGUAAUUUCUCUUUGUUGGAAGUUUGGGACAUCAAAAGCUGGCUUACUGGGAAUGAAAGAGGUUGCCGAGAACUUUGAAGCGAGCCAGAAGGUUGGUUUUGCAGAUGUAUGUGAUGGUUCCAAUCUCUAUGUCUGCCCCAGAAGUGAUGCUGUAAUUACAAUCCUAGCGAAAUGUGGUUUCUUUAAAGGCAUGUCAGCAGCUGAUACAAACCAAGACUCGUUGAUAGGGUGCAUUGUGUGGCGCCGAAAUCCACUGUCAAAAAUUGUGGAUCAUAGCAGGUCUGAAACUAUUGGAAAGGGAUCUCCUUGUGUGCCUCAUGUUGGAGCAAGGCAUCCAACUUCGUUGCCAUUUUCAGAUGGACAUCAGGCAACAUCAUGCUCCAACAAUCCUGGCAUGGACUCUAGAACAAACACAGGCAAUAUUCAGAAUGAUAUUGAUCAAAUGCAAGAAAUUCAGAGCAAUUCUGUGAAAACGCAUCCUGUGGCAACUGGUUUGCUAUCUCAGUGUGGGCAUGCUAAGAGUACUGGUGAAAGAGAUCCUACAGAAAAAUUGUCACAGGUUUCACCGUUCGAAUUGGCAUCGCAUGAAGUCCCAGAAAUUCAGCAACAUGUUCAGUCCAUCAUAGAUUCUCAUUCUGGAUCUUUUGGAGUGUGGCAUCCUACUUCACAUUCUCAAGGAUUGUCUCUGAAAUCCUUGCAUGUUCAGCAGAGAACUACCCACUAUGAUUUAGCUGCACAAAAGAAUCAUAUGGCGGAGGCCUUCUCAGGCAGCAUAACUCAAGAAUAUGCAUCAAAUGCUGUUGAGUCUUCAAAACAACAGGAGACUAAUCCAUUUUUGCUGCAGCCUGAUACUUAUGGUGCUCAUAGAGCUAAUGAUAUAGAUGACCUUCCAAAAGUUGACUUCGCUAAUCUCCAUAGAGUUGAGUUGAAAUUUGAUGUGCAUCCAAUCAACAGGGAAACUACAAUAACUUCUGAUGUGCUGAUUUGCCCUAGGUUAUCUGAUAAGAAGUCAAACAGUCCAUUCCAGCAAUCAUCGCAACCAUCAUUUCAAGUUGAAGGCAUCAAGAAUCAUGAAAAGGUUGAGGUGAAAGAAAAUGUCACAGACAUGAUUUCAAGGGAGAUAACGAAUCAAGUAUCUCAUCGCAAGGCAGAAAUAGAGAACUUCAAGAGCAAAGAUGACAUUGAUGCUGAAGACAUGCCAGAGUGUCACUUCCAGGGGUUGGAUAAUGAGAAACUGCAUCAAAGCGGUUCAAGUAAACAUACAUCACCAUCUUUGAAGAACUCCACAGGGUCUAAAGCACCAUCACAAGUGUUUCCUCCAAUUACUCAGAAAUCUUAUACUCCACUUGAAGUAGAAGACAUCUCUUCUGGUCAUGAUCCAAAUAUGCCAUCUGGAUGUCUGAACAUACCAAGAGAUCAAGUCUCGUUUCCUCGGCAUCCUCCACCUGCACAAGGGGAUCAACGGUUAGCAGCUCGGCAUCCUCCUGUACUAGCAGAUCAAGGUUAUGUUCCUCGGCUUCCUCCUCCUGUACUAGAAGAUCAAGGCCUUGCUCCUCGGUGUCCUCCUCCUGCAUUAGCUGGUCAAGGCUUCGUUCCUCGGCAUCCUCCACCUGUACUACCAAAUCAAGGCUUCUUUCCUCGGCGUUGUCCUCCAUUUGCAGGUCAAGACUUAUAUCCUUGGCGUCCUCCGUUCCAUGCAAAUCAAGGCCCAUUUCCUCGUCAUGCUCCUCCACAUCCUUGUCCUCCAUUUACUCCAGGACACGUGAGGCCACCUAGCAAUUUUGCUCCCCCUGGCCCUUGGCGUCCAGUUCUGCAUCCAGGGCAAGAACACCAUCACCAUCACUACGGACAUCCUGGAAGAUCAAAUGGUCCAUCAGGCUCUGGCAACAAACCAGGCUACCAUAACCCCAGCUAUGGAAAUGGACCAGGAGGUUGCAGGCCACAACACCAAGCUCAAGGAUAACAUUCUGCAUGAUUGGUUGCACAGAUUAUACCCAUUCCCAAUUGCAUUCUGAACAACUAGAGAAAAAAAAACAUAGAACAACUCCUCCAUUUGGUGGACAACAAAGAGCUCCUCAAACUUUCUCUAGAUGAUGUUGCCUUUAUGGCGAAUUUACCAAUAAGUUGUACAGUACAUAGCCAUCUUGUGUUGCUGAAUUGUGAAGUUUUGUUGUUAGAAAAUUCAUGGAUUUCCAGAGUGAUUCAA